AUGUGUCUUUUACUUUCCUUAUCAUUAAUAUAUGUAAGGGGUGUGUCUUUUACCUUCCUCUUCUCUUGUAUAUGUUAUAGGUGUGUCUUUCAGCUUCCUCAGGGACUGCGAGAUUGUGCAGGGAGUUUCAGGGCAAGUGCCUACCUCAUCGUCAGCUUUACCAUCUUCCUACUGGGUCGGUUCAGCCCCUACGAAUGGUACAACCCACACCCUUGCAACCCGGACACAGACACGGUAGCCAACACCUUCAGCAUCUCAAACAGUCUCUGGUUCACCGUGGGAACCCUAAUGCAGCAGGGAUCAGACAUCAACCCUCGCGCUGUGAGCACUCGCAUCGUGGGUGGCAUCUGGUGGUUCUUCACCCUGAUCAUCAUUUCCUCCUACACGGCCAACCUGGCAGCUUUCCUGACCGUGGAGCGAAUGGUGUCACCCAUAGAGAGCGCCGAGGAUCUCUCCCGACAGACAGAGAUUGAGUACGGCACUCGAGUCAGUUCUUCCACCUUAUCCUUCUUCAUGGAAUCGAACAUCGACACCUACAAGCGGAUGUACGCCUACAUGAAAGACCGGCCGCACGUGCUGGCGGAGACCUACGAGCAGGGCAUCGAGCGGGUCAAGAAGGGCAACUACGCCUUCUUCAUGGAGAACCUGAUGAUCGACUACCAGGUGCAGCGAGACUGCGAGCUCAUGCAGGUGGGAGGCCAGCUGGACUCCAAGGGAUACGGCAUUGGACUGCCCAUGAAUUCUCCGUACCGGGACAAACUGUCCAUGGCCAUCCUAGCGCUGCAGGAGAACGGCAAGAUCCAGAUGUUGUACAACAAGUGGUGGAAGGACACCAGCACCUGCUCACGGGAUGACACCAAGGAGUCCAAAGCCAACGCCCUGGGGCUGGAGAAUGUCGGAGGCAUCUUCGUGGUGCUGUUGGCUGGUCUCAUAUAUAACUGUCUUGUCUGCUAUGCAGGAAUGACACAAUCUACAAGUCUAAAGUGUCUUCAGUCCCUGUGUGCUGAGAUCGCCCAAGAACUACGUUUCGCUGUCAAAUGUGGUGGCUCAUCCAAGCGAAUCAAACGCAAGGGACGGGAACGAUGCCAGGACUGUAAGCUCGGGAGGCGCCACGCCAGCCACUCACACCAUAUACAUGAGCUAGGACCCCAGUCUCCCAACGGGGUGAUUCAGCUUCGACAGACCUGCAAAUUCCCGACCUCAGUGCCUUCAAAGACUCGAUCUCCCAGAACUCGAUUUGAGACGGAGUUCUCGCCGGAGGCUGGCUCAGAAACGGUCAGCCACACCCGAGAAUUCAAUGGCGACUACCAGCACGUAGAUAACAGUGACAACGAAGUAUGA